AAUGCGCGCUUGACGAUGUACGAUCAAUUUACCUCUAAUUAUGUCGUUCUAAUUUCAUUUCUCUACGGUUCGUUUUAUUUACAGGGGUAUACGGCGCUUCACAUUGCCACACAGUUCGGCCGGAACGACAUUUUUGAGCUGCUGUGCAACGUUUACAAGGCCGACCGGGACCUGCUCGACUGGAGCGGGAAGAAAGCGCUCGAGUACCAGAAGCAGAUGACCAGCGUGUCCGAGUCGACAUUCAGCAAAAUCAAGGCACGGAAAAAGCAUUCAGAAAAAGACUCCGGCUUCCUGAGGAUUGGUUCCCUGAACGUACGGGUGAAGAAAACCACCGAAGCCUUCAGCAACUUCCUGGGAGUGGGCACCAACCAAACGCGAAUUCCGCCGACAGCGAUUAGAUCGAGCGCACCACCGGACACACUGUUUAUUGACAAGCUGCACAAAUCCUGGGGCUCGGCAGAUAACAUACAGAAGGAAGAUUCCGCAAUGCCACCGCCCAAGUAUGGUCCGGUGAAGAAACGGCGUCAGAAGCGUGACAUCGAGUACGAUCCGAGCAACGAUCAUUUCAGCCAAAGCGUGCCGACCACGCCGAGCCAGAUACGGGCGCCGGUUGGCCCGCUGUCGGAAAAUCCCGAUGGCGAAUCGAUGGGCGACUCCGACUCCGAUACGGCCUGCGGUUUUGAUUCCAACUGGCGACCAACCUACAUUUAGACUUUUUUAUCAUUUCGAACGACCUACUUGUUGUUGUACAUUAGUAUCAAAAUGUAUACUACUUGUUAGAGGGGUUUUAUUUUCCUAUGUUGACACGAUAAAUAAUCAUUGAAAUAAUAAAUGAACUAACUGCUUACUCAAAAUACA